AUGCAAAUAAGGAGAAGUGUGCGUGCGUUGGCGUGUGUGGGCGUGGGCGUUUGCGUGGGCGUCUCGAAGGCAAAGUCGCCCCGCAGGAAAGCAGCGCUGCCAAGGACGUCCUCCCUCACGGCCUCCUCGUCGCUCCAGGAUUCGCGAGGAAGGACCUUGGCAACGCUGACGCUCUCGCCCGUAGAGGCUCCGCGCAACGCCCACGGCCCUGCCUCCCGCACGGCCCUGCCUCCCGCCCUCGCCGCUGCCUCCCGCCCACGCCGCUGCCUCCCGCCCACGGCCCUGCCUCCCGCCCUCGCCGCUGCCUCCCGCCCGCGGCCCUGCCUCCCGCCCGCGGCUCUGCCUCCCGCCCUCGCCACUGCCUCCCGCCCACGGCCCUGCCUCCCGCCCACGGCCCUGCCUCCCGCCCUCGCCGCUGCCUCCCGCCCUCGCCGCUGCCUCCCGCCCACGGCCCUGCCUCCCGCCCUCGCCGCUGCCUCCCGCCCUCGCCGCUGCCUCCCGCCCUCGCCGCUGCCUCCCGCCCUCGCCUCUGCCUCCCGCCCUCGCCUCUGCCUCCCGCCCUCGGCCCUGCCUCCCGCCCUCGCCGCUGCCUCCCGCCCUCGCCGGCCCUGGCUGCCGAGGUGUAUAGUCUGCUUCACCGAUACCCGACACGGCGCCGAAGGAGGACCCUGCUGCAGAACCGGUCACAUUAUGGGAAGGACGUUACCGGAAGAUCGCCAUAAACCUGCGAACCAGGAUGUUCGUUAG